CUACAAAAUGAGAGCUACACCAUCGCCUGGAUUUGCGCCCUCUCCAUCGAAAUGGCCGCUGCCAAUGCAAUGCUCGACGGAGUUCAUCCAAGCUUGCCGUCAAACGAGAAGGAUUCCAAUUCUUACAUAUUGGGGAAUGUUGGUCGGCACAAUAUUGUAGUGGCGUGUCUCCCAGCAGACCACUAUGGCACAAACUCUGCGGCAAUCGUGGCCAACAACUUGAUCCGCACAUUUCCCUCUAUUCGCACCGGCUUGAUGGUUGGAAUCGGCGGUGGAGUUCCUGGUAGUGUCGAUGUGCGACUUGGUGAUGUCGUCGUCGGUUACAAUGUGGUGCAGCACGACCUUUGUAAAAUCAUCCAAGGCUCUCGAGUCUAUCGACCGGAACACCAAAAAGCCCUCCUUCUAGCCUCUUGGCCGCUGUCUCUAAACUGAGAGCGAUUCACGAGUCCGAUUCAAGCAGAGUUCCGGAAUUUCUUCAACAAAUGAUCAUAAAGCAUCCGAAAAUGACCAAAUAUACUUGUCCGAGCUCAGCACAAGACCGACUCUUUCUCGCUACCUACUCUCACAGCCCAGAAAGAGCUAACUGCGACAGCUGUGAUACGUCCAUGUUGGUCUACCGUCCUCCCCGAAUGGAUAAUCACCCAGUCAUUCACUACGGCAAUGUGGCCUCUGGUAACCAAGUGAUGAAAGACGCCAUCUCCCGAGAUGAAAUCGCCCGGGAACUGAAUAUCAUAUGCUUCGAAAUGGAAGCGGCUGGCCUAUCCGAUGCUUUACCAUGCCUGGUAAUCCGAGGAAUCUGUGACUACUCAGAUUCCCAUAAGAAUAAGCAAUGGCAAGAGUACGCAGCAGCAGCCGCGGCAGCUUACGCCAAAGAAUUACUAGUUGAAGCAAUACCAAUAGCUGUGAUGAGGCCGUUCCCGAAGUCUUAUGAUUCAUACUCAGCCGAGCCUGAAGCAGCUGUUGCUUCAUGGUCGGCAGCAGGUUCACAAUGGACAAUACCUCAUCUACAACGAUCAAAAUCUUUCUUGUUCCGGCAACAGCUCUGCCAGCAAUUACCGCUCAGCCCAGUCCUUGUGAUCGAUUCUCGGGGUUGCUAUUUACCCUUCUACCUGGAAACCAUUGACUCAAAAGAGGUAUUUUGUCUCC